CUGAGCCCGGCCCGGCCCUCGGGGCGGAGCUGCGGGUGCGGAGCGCGGCGCAGCCCCGCGGAACCGCGCGGAGCCCCGGCCCCGGGAUGAGCUUCCCGCGGCCGCUCCGCCGCUCCGUGAGCCUCAGCCCGGGCCGGACCCUGCGCCUCGUCGUGCUGGGGCAGAGCGCCGUGGGCAAGACAGCAUUGACUGUAAGAUUUAUCACCAGAAGAUUCAUUGGAGACUACGACCCAACUCUAGAAAUGAUUUACAGACACAUGGCUGUCAUCGACGGGGAGAUGGUGCACUUCGAGAUCCUGGAUACGGCGGGACAGGAGGAGGAUUCCCUGCAGAUAGAGGAGAAGAUCAAAUGGGGCGAUGGCUUCGCCGUGGUCUACUCGGUGACAGAUCGGUGCAGCUUUGAUGAGGUGAUGCGGCUGUGUUUCCUCAUCAACCACAUCCACGCGAGCCCCAGGCGGAGCAGCGCGAGCGAGCAGCCGCCCGUGGUCAUUGUGGGCAACAAGAAGGACUUGCAGUUCGACAGGAUGGUGUCCACCGAGGAUGGCGAAAACCUCUCCAAAGCUUUGAAGCUUCCUUUCUACGAGAUCUCUACCCGGGACAGCUAUGAAGAGACCGUGGUGGUGUUCAACACCCUCUACCAGGAGCUCAUGAGACAGGGGCACUUCUCCCCAGGCUCCUUCAAGCGGAGGACAGUGUCGAAGCUGAUGGAGAAGAUCCCUAAGAUGCAAGCCAGCUCCACCUUGAACUCAGCGGGCCGGAGCCUCAGCUUUAACUCCUUCAGGGACUACAUCCCCGAGUGAGCGGCCCCGAGGCGAGAGCGAUGGCCGAGCCGGGACUGAGGGACAGGUCAUCCUGCUGCGGGGGCACCCGCUGCUCCAGCCCCAGGGGCAGCUCGGGGGGCUGUGCUGGCUCCCGAGAGGAAAUGCUGCACGGUGGGGAGGGUGGGCUUGGGCUACAACAGCCCUUUAAAGCCCGUAGGUUUUUGCAGACGGGCUUUGUGUCAGCAGGGAAGGUGUUCUUUGUCUGCCUUACCCCUUCGCUCCCACUUCCUCCUCCCGGACAGCUGAAGUCAGUAGCGAAGGUGGUUCGUGGUGACUUCAGCGGUGUUGGGACAACCCUUGGGGGCUCAGCAGUGUUUCGGCAGGGAUCAGCCCCAGCACGGACACAUCUGUGUGGGUUUUCCCGCUCCCCUAAGAAAGCUUGCUGGGUCUGUUUGUGCCCCAAAGCGUGCAGCCAAAGCGCUGGGGUGACCCCGAGGGUUGUGCUGGCUCCUGGGCUGUCAUCAGCCGUCCCUCUCCUGGGGAAACCGGCUGCUGCUUCUGCUCCUCAGUGUUGCUGGUGGGUAAAAUCCACUGGCUGCUCAAAACUUUUCCAGCCGGGCUGACGGGUCCAGGGAGGGGGUGUCUCUGUCCACAUCCACCCCCCAGUGCCCCCAGACCCACCCAUCGUGCGGGUCGGUGGGUGGCGGGGGGCUGUGUUCCCCUUUGCCUCCGCUGUGGUCCUCCCCGAAGGGCCCAUCUGCAGCCACCAGCGUCCAUCUGUCGGAGCCCGUGGCCGUGUUUCCAUCCCGGUUUUCCUCUGGGUUAGUAAGCUGAAGCCGUUGCACAGGGGCAGACCCCUGCGUGCCCCCGCUCUGCUGCAGCCCUUCUCUCUCCCAGGCUGCUCAUGGGCUGACACCGAGGGUGUGUUUCAAACCAAAACGGAAAUCUGUUUACAGUGGGGGGGGUGGAAAAGCCUGUUAAUGCCUGGCUUUUCUAAAAAAAAAAAAAAAAAAAUAAUAAUUUUUUAAUAUUUGGCACACUCUCCUUUAUUAAUGCUGUAAAUGAGAUCCUGGGCAAAGGGCAGCGAAGGCGGCAGAUGAGGCUGCUCAGUCUCAGGCUGAGGGCACCGCACGCUCGGUGCUCUGCUGGGCUUUCUGCCUUCGCCGAGCCUGCCCCGCGUUUCACAUCUCCAUCCCUCCCGGGGUGGCCCGUCCCCCAGGGGAGGCAAACCAGACAGCCUGCGUUCCUGAUGCGCACCGAGCCCUGCGCCUGAGCCCACGCUCCUCCAUCCCCGAGGAACAGCUAUUCCCGGGGCAGCUUCUCCCGUUAACGCCUUUGUGAGCAAAACCGCUGUGUGCCAGUUUGAAGCAUGGAUGCAACGGAGCCAAUACUGGGAGGUGCAAAUGAUGCUCCUGGCAGGGACCCCCCACCUUGUCUGCUUAUUAACUGCCCCAUCCCCAAAUGGGAAAUCACCGUGGCCUGAGUAUUUGUCUUUUUGCACAGAGAUGGGGCAGCAAAGGCGCGGAAAGGAGCCGGGCUCGCAGCUGGCGGGAUCCUCUCCCUGCAGCAUCGUUCCUCUCCCUCCCGCCUGCCCGAUGCAGCGCGCUGCGUUGCUGCUUGAGGUGAACGUGCUGGAAGGCCCAUGGCGUAACACGACCUGUGGUGUAACACGACCUGUGGUGUAAAACUCCCGUGUGUGUCCCCCCACCCCCGCCCUGUAGCGACCUGUUGCAUCAUCUGCCACUGUGUCCUGUGACAAUAAAAGCCGCGUUAGCCACCGCC